AUGUCACUGCGUAUGUGCCUUUAAGAUUUGUUCAGAUUCGUUAUUAACCAGGUUAAAUAAAUGAUUUAAUUGCGUUUGAUUCUGAAAAAUUUUAUUGUAAUAAUUCUAUUUAAUUUUAUGCGGUGAAUAAAACAAAAAAAUGACAGAGCAUUGUACACAAAGUGAAAGUGACGAAGGAGAAGUUAAAUCAGAUUUUGGAGAAGAUCUAGAUGAAGAAUUGCAAUCUUUACCUCAUGUAUUACAACUGAUACGUAAAAUGCGUGAGCAUAUUAAGUGGCAGAGUAAAAAGAUAAAAAAAUUACGUAAUAAAUUACAAGAACAGAAAAAUCAAAUGAGGAAUAAAAGUUUCGUAGAAUAUGGUACUCAAACAGAUCCUUUAGAAUAUGAAAAUAAAUAUUUAACACAAAAUUGGGAUCUAAGUAACAAUAAAAAAUCAAAUAGUUUAAUCGAACAAGUAAAGCAAGUAUCAGAAUCUGCAUUAUUACAAACUGGUUUCGUAUAUGAGGAAACAUCAGGAUUAUAUUAUGAUUAUAAUACAGGAUAUUAUUAUGACGCUAAACAAGGACUUUAUUAUGAUGGAAACAAUGGAACGUAUUAUUAUUAUGACGAAGGCAGUAAAACAUAUAAGUUCCACAGCCAUGCACACGCAGUUGUCAACAAUAUUGCACAUUCCCAAGAAACCAAAAAGGAAGAAAAAUCAGAUGGCGAAAAGGCAAACAAGGAUACGGUGAAAAAACGCAAACUCGCACAAGAUGGAGAGAGCUUAAAAGAAGAUGAGCCCGAAGAGGGUGAAUGCUCGGACAGUGAUAGCGAACAGAGCUCUUAUAACGUUACACCAGAAUCGUCCAUAAAUAGUGAGACUGAGAAUGAGGAGGAACAAAGUUCAAAGAUUAAUUUUUAUAUAGCAAAAACAUAUCCACCAUGUAUGAGAAUAAUAGUCAAAGAAACAAACCUUCCAAAGUUAAAAGUAGGUUCACUUUUCCUUGUAGCAUACACAGGUGGUUCAAUGGGUAAAGAAGGAGAUCAUUCUGUUAUAAUACCAGAUAUAAAUGUCAGUAAGCAUCACGCACGAUUUCUUUAUAACGAGACAACGAAUUCUUAUUGGAUAGUAGAUUCAGGCUCAAGAAAUGGUACAUAUUUAAAUGGAAAAAGAUUAUCUGUAGCUAAACAAGAGUCCGAAUCGUACGAGAUAAUACAUGGUUCGAUCAUUCAAGUGGGCGGUACAAAAUUGUUAUGUCAUAUACAUAACGGAAAUGAAACUUGCGGUCAUUGUGAACCAGGGUUGGUUCAACACAAUGUAAACACAGAAGAGAAUGUAUUCUCGAAAAGAAAUCUUCAUAAAAAAGAAUUGAGAAGGUUAAAAACAAAAUUUGGUGUAGAAAAAGAUAACGUUGCUUCUGCCAGUCAAUUAGCAAGUGGUUAUCGGGAUAGAGCUCAAGCUCGUAGACAGUGUGUUGGUUCUUCAAAUCAUCAUGCCAAGACAGAACAAAGUUCAAUCGACACAUCGAUAGCGAAAGAUAACCGAGGAUUUAAAUUACUAUCUAAAAUGGGAUGGUGCGAAGGUCGUUCUCUAGGAAAGGAUGGUGAUGGUAGAACCGAACCGGAUGACUACAAUAUCGACGACGACAACGACAAUGAUGACGAAGGCAGCAAAACGAGUUCAGACGGCACGAGCAGAGCAUUCGUAUGAUAACGAGCGUAACUCCUGUGAAAUGUAUAGAAUAGGUGUAGGAAAGAGAGAGUAGAAGAGGGAAGAGAAUUAUCCCACAUACACACCACUCUUUAUAGAGAGUGAGAGAGAGAGAGAGAGAGAGAGAGAGAGAGAGAGAGAGAGAGAGAGAGAGAGAGAGAGAAAGAGAGAGAGAGAGGAAGAGAAAGCGAGUGCCUGAUAUCGAAGGGACGAACGGCAGUGUUGAGAGGGACUCUGUGGAAAUGAAUGCAAAUGUAUUGAAAUCCAAAUCAUUAUUUUGUCUAGACGCAUCGUAUGCUCUAUUGCACCCCGACCAUUUCUCUCUCUCUCUCUCUCUCUCUCUCUCUCUCUCUCCUUCUCUCUCAUUCGCUCGCUUGCUCUUCGUCUCCAGAAUUUAGCUGGCUGCUCGAUGGGACAAACGUGGAUUAAAGGAUUUCUUCUCUCUCUCUCUCCCUCUCCCUCUCUCUCUCUCUCUCUCUCUCUCUCUCACUCUAUCUCUCUCUUCUUUUUUACACUUCGUGAUCGCGAACCUAAUUUUGUUGUUCUUCAUUUCUUUUUUCUUCGUAUCUUGAAGGUUACUCCGAUCCGUUUUUUUUUCUUUUUUCUUUUUUUAACAACGUACCAAAACUUUUACCAUUGCGAGAGACGACUAUUGGAAGUACCGGUCGUCUCUUUCUUUAUAUCUUUAUCUCUCUUUCUCUAUCUCUUUCUCUCUUUCUCUAUCUCUUUCUCUUUUUCUCUACCUCUCUCUCUUUUACUCUUUUCCUCCCCUUUUUUGUCCUCUUAUUUGCUCGUAAAACUUGGCGGGUCCUUAAGACGAUCGAAGAUGUACAACACAGUAGGUCGGGCAUAUAAAUGAGAGAAUGUAUUUUUAGCUUGUCGCCUCGUCGUCGCAUUCUUUUCUUUUUCAUCGUUCACUCGCGAGAUCAUCGAGAAUUUGACGAGGUGUGUUGUACUUUAGAAUGAAUGAAAAAAGAAAAAAAAAAAUAAAUAAGAAUAAAGAAGGAACGACGAAGGAAGGAAUAGAAAUUUAAUCGGU